CUGUAGUCAAAAUGAUUUAGAUUUGACAAGCUCUUUAUUUGUUUAUGUUUGAGGGGAAAAAUGAGUAUCUCUCGAACAUUUUAUUGUCUUAAGGUUAAAAUCCACUUAUCAUCACCCAUUUUGUAUUUAUCAUAAAACACAUGGUCAUGAAAUGGUGCUAUUCAUUUAUUUCCAAUAUACCAAUUGCAUGGAAUAUUGGAAUGAUGUUUCUGUGCAGAUAUUACAUUACAGUAAAUUUGCAAAGUGAUAUAAAAAUAUGUGCAAUUCUUUUUACUUGCAAUGCACUCUGCAUGAUAAGGGCAAUAUUAUUUUGUAAAUAUAGAUUCAUAGUCAGAGAUUUUAGUACAUAGUGGAUAAUAA